UGUUACGAUCAAUGCGACCAGUUGUUGUCGAGUUGUUGAAGGUGAAGGUGAUAUUCGUUGUUUGUGUUUUCUCAUACAAUUCGAUUUUCAAAAGAAGAAUCGAGUUAUACUGUCGGAAAAGUAAAGCAUUGCGGUUGAAUGGUAACAGGGUCGAGUGGAAGAAUGUUGGAUCGCGAUACCGCGAUACAUCUCAUUGCUGGAGGAGUGGCUGGAACUACUGGUGCUAUAGUUACUUGUCCCUUAGAAGUGGUUAAAACACGUUUACAAUCUUCUUCUUCUGGAUUUUAUCCACCUCCGGUGAACAAGGAACUUACUUCCGGUCAUGUCACAUGUAAAAGUUUUCCGAAACCAGAACAGAGGAGAAGGCUUUGCACUGGUGGCUAUACAAGGCAUGCUUUGAUUGCUCUCUCUCAUUUUGGCGCGUUUGCUUCUUCAGGAGGUUCUUCUCCUCACAGUCAUUCUGCGCCAGGUGUAUAUCAAUGUAUCAGAUAUAUCGUUCAAAAUGAGGGUAUUCGUGCCCUGUUCAAAGGAUUGGGUCCUAACCUUGUAGGUGUUGCACCAUCCAGAGCAAUCUAUUUCUGCGCCUACUCAAAAAGCAAAGUCGCAUUUAACGCGAUCUUUGCCCCGGAUACCGCUCUUGUACACGUAUUCUCCGCAUUCUGCGCCGGUUUCGUCGCAUGCACAUUGACAAAUCCUAUUUGGUUCGUGAAGACCAGGCUGCAACUGGACCAUCGAACCAACAAAAUCACUGCGAUGGAAUGUAUGCAAAGGAUAUAUCAACAAUCGGGUAUCCUGGGAUUCUACAAAGGCAUUAUGGCCUCCUACAUAGGAAUAAGCGAGACUGUGAUACAUUUUGUGAUCUACGAGGCUGUGAAGGCCUCUUUAGCAACAUACAAGGCUCCCAAUGCAGAUCGAAAAACAUUGCGCGAUUUCUUAGAGUUCAUGGCGGCUGGCUCGUUCUCAAAAACGAUUGCCUCCACCAUCGCUUACCCCCAUGAAGUAGCAAGGACGAGACUUAGAGAGGAAGGUACGAAAUACCAGACUUUCUGGCAAACAUUGAGCACAGUCUACGCUGAAGAAGGAUUUCAUGGUCUAUAUCGUGGUCUUGGUACUCAUCUAAUUAGACAAAUUCCAAAUACAGCAAUUAUUAUGGCUACGUAUGAAGCGGUGGUAUAUUUGCUAAGCAAGCACUUUCACGAACGAUCUUUAAGCAUAAACAAUGAAAGCGAGUCCAAGUUCUAUACAGAUCCAAAGGGUAAACGAGAAUUGGCCUAGGACUUACUCACGGCCCCUGAGUAAAGGGCCAAUAAUUCGCAUGCUGCGGCGAGUCUUGAAAUUGCAUCUGUUUUGAAAAAAAGAAAAUGAACCAUAAGAACAACAACGCCGUCCAAGAGAGAGUCCAUACGCCGGGAGAGAACGCAUUUCCGAGUUUGGGGCCAUGCCGGCCGGCCAGGUCCAAUCGAACAUGUCGAAGGUAGCAAAAUAGGUAUCACAGCGCGUUGUACGCUGCUGUGUGCUCUAUAAGUGUAGCAAAAAGUAGUCCUUCCUCCUUUCAGGUAGCGUACCUACGUACGCGAGGAACAGCCUAAACUGUCUGUCUGUACCUUCGUCGACACAUUCACACACACAUACACGGAGGCGAGGAUCGUGAAGCUGGAUUAAAUGAGUCAAUUACAUAGACUCAGAAUGCUCCAAAAGUAAGAUUAUGUCAGCUUCUCGUUACUAUUAAUCUGUUAACUGCUUUGUUAAUGAAAAAUUUGCACAAAUAUGUUUAUGUUAUUUUUAGUAAAUCUGAUUCAAAGCAAAUUAAUUUGAUUUGAUUUAAUCUCUUAAAAAUUAAAAUUUGAUAACGUAUUUUUUAUGAUUAAACUAAUUAAAUUUAAAUCAAAAAUAUUGAUAAUAUUGUUUUUUCUAGUUAACAGGUUAAUGGAAUCAUUGACAUUAUCAUUGGUAAUAACAGGUAUCAUGGGAGAUUCAUUUUAGGCAUCUUAAUUGUUUCUAAAGAUCUUCGAAACAGGGAAAAAUGGAUUUUAAUUCUUAAAAAUUUAUAAUAGAUUUAAUUUUUCACUAAUUAGUUAUUUUAUAUAAUAAUAUUAAUAUUUUUAUUUGAAUUUAAAUAUUGAAAAUUCAUACUUCCCUUGUUUUGAUAUGAUAGAAAUCAUUUUUCAUUAUUCAUUUUUAUGCAGUAUUGUGAUUUCUUUAGAGCAAUAUACACUUAUAACUAUAACUAAAAAUUAUUGUUAAAUAUAGUGUAAGAGAUAUAUUGCUCUUGAUUCAUUAUAUUCAUUUCUAUAUCAUUAAUAGCAAAUACAUUUCUGAAUUUAAUGGUUAUUAAAAAAAUGCGAUCAUUGUUUUUUCAAUUUCUUUUAACAAAAAGAAGAAUAGAAAAUAAUCAUUAUAAUUACAAUCUAUAUAAAUACAAGAUGAUGAAGGUGGACGAUUGUUAUGUUUAUUUCUAUUAAUAUAAGGAGAUGUAUUAUUAUCAUUGUUGUUGUUCAUCAUUACAUAGAAUUUGUAUUUCAUAUUAAAUUUUAUUUUCGAAAAUGCUUCUUCUAUAAAAUGCUCAAAAUUUGUGCAUUAUUGAUUGAAACCUAAUUUUUCUGUACGUGAGAAAUUUAUUUUAAAAUAUGUAUUGACAUCAAUUUCUUUUGCAACGAAGAAAAUAUAAAAAAAA